CCCGCUGGGAGCCUGGCUCUCUUUCCUGCCCCCUGCACUCGAGACCCAGAGGAGCCUCGGGAAAGGCUGCAGCCCUCAUGGACCACAAGCGGGGUGCAGGCUAGCAGCGUCGGGGUCCGCGGCCACGCGCUCUCCAAAGGACCUCCCGAGACUGAGCGCGGGCUGAGAGUGCGGCCGGAAGAAGCGGCGGGUGGCUCCGGCGAAGGUCCGAGCUUGCAAGGUAGGGAGUAGGCAGAUGGCCAGGCAAAGUUGAUCAGUGCGGGAGGUGGCUGGCCUGCGCCUUCUCGCCGCUGGGAACCGCCGAGCGACUUGGACUCGACCCCGCCGCGCUGCGCCGCGCCCCGGGCGCGCAGUGCAGCGCUGAUCUGCUGCUGCCCCGCGCGGGAGCGCACUUGCAAACUUGGUGGAGGUGCCCUGCGCGUCCUGUUGUGUAACCUCCGCGCUGCCAGCUGGACCGGGAAGUUGCCUGCCCGUCCUUCAGCUUGGUUCAGUCGCAACCUCGGGGCCAAUUUCAUGGCCCGCGACGAACGCGCGGCUAGAGCCGGCGUGGGCGAGCCCCCGCGCGCCCCGACCCGUGGGGAACUCCCGCGCGCUGUCCCUUCCCCUCGCCCGCGCCUCCGAUGCGCGCUGAGCCCCUCGCCGCUGCUGCCCGCUCUCUGCGGUCUGCCCCUCCGAGUUGCUGCCUGAGUUGGAGAGCAGAGGAUGACCGAGGUCCCUUGGUCGGCUGUCCCCAACGGGACGGACACAGCCUUCCUGGCUGGCCUGGGCUCGCCUUGGGGAAACAGUACAGUAGCUUCCACGGCAGCAGUUGCCUCUUCAUUCAGAUGUGCCCUGACCAAGACCGGCUUCCAAUUCUACUACCUGCCGGUGGUUUACAUCGUGGUGUUCAUCAUAGGCUUCCUGGGCAACAGCGUGGCUAUCUGGAUGUUCGUUUUCCACAUGAAACCUUGGAGCGGCAUCUCCGUGUACAUGUUCAACUUGGCUCUGGCUGACUUUUUGUACGUGCUCACCCUGCCAGCUCUCAUCUUUUACUACUUCAACAAGACUGACUGGAUCUUCGGGGAUGCUAUGUGCAAGCUGCAGAGAUUCAUCUUCCAUGUAAACCUCUAUGGCAGCAUCUUGUUCCUCACCUGCAUCAGCGCACACAGGUACAGCGGCGUGGUGUACCCGCUCAAAUCGCUGGGCAGGCUCAAGAAGAAGAAUGCCAUUUAUGUCAGCGUGCUGGUGUGGCUCAUUGUGGUGGUGGCUAUCUCCCCCAUUCUCUUCUACUCUGGCACUGGGAUGCGGAAAAACAAAACCAUCACCUGCUACGACACCACCGCCGACGAGUACCUGCGCAGUUAUUUCAUCUACAGCAUGUGUACAACUGUGGCCAUGUUCUGCAUCCCCUUGGUGCUGAUCUUGGGCUGCUAUGGAUUAAUUGUUAGAGCUCUGAUUUACAAAGACCUGGACAACUCUCCUCUCAGGAGGAAAUCCAUUUACCUGGUAAUAAUUGUCCUGACGGUGUUUGCUGUGUCUUACAUCCCUUUCCACGUGAUGAAAACGAUGAAUCUGCGGGCACGGCUGGAUUUCCAGACCCCCGAAAUGUGUGCGUUCAAUGACAGGGUUUAUGCCACCUACCAGGUGACACGAGGUCUGGCAAGUCUCAACAGCUGUGUGGAUCCCAUUCUUUAUUUCUUGGCUGGAGACACUUUCAGAAGGAGAUUGUCCCGAGCCACCCGGAAAGCUUCCAGGAGAAGUGAGGCCAAUUUACAAUCCAAGAGUGAAGAAAUGACUCUCAAUAUCUUAUCCGAGUUCAAGCAGAAUGGAGACACCAGCUUGUGAAGGCACCAGACCCAAACACCUCACUUUUGUAACAUGGUAGGAUGCUCACAGAACCAACUACCUUUUCUUUUCCUUAAGUUCCUAGUACUCCAGAUCAGACAGUAGUGAGUUGAGAAAAAAAAAAAAAAAAGGAAACAUCGGUUUAUUGCACGUUCACGUUUCUCUUCCUUUCCUGUAAGCUCCUUUCUUACUCACUAGGAGUCUGUGUAAUCGAGCAGUGCCACCUAGAUAAACACGCCCUCUUCUCCCUUUGAAACUCACAGGCGCGGCUAUUAUUUAAGUGUGUGCAUGUGUUAGCAGGGCACUUUUGAUAUUAAAAGUUUCUCCCGGAAAACUGGCCGCCUGGAAUUGGAGUUUGUGAUUUGUCUGUCCAGCCUCCGUUGCUGUGUGUAUCUCACGGUGAAAACGAACUAAAGUCUAUACUUUCAAAAACUGCUUGGCCUAGGCUAAUGCAAUACCGGUCAGUCCAUUCAGUAAUGAGCAGCUGCCUGCGCUCCGUGUCCUUCAGUUCCUCGGAAGCAUAGAUGGUGGCUGACAGUGUCUUUGGGGAUUUGAAAAGGAAAAUAAAAUCAGUGGACUUUUAUGUGUGGAAAAUGAGUUUUUCCAGUCAUUUCUGGAAGACUGAUUCCUGCACAUUGCCUGUUUAAUGUUUGGUGGUGGGAGGAUGCAGAUAUUCUAUUAUUGGCAAAAUACAUUCAAAAUAAUUGAAGUGCAUGUGUUUUUCUUAUAAAUAUUGUGGACUGUUAGGCUUCCUAGGAUAAAAAAAAAGCCCUCACUUGCUCCACUGCUGUGCAGUGUCUUUGGACUUUGUGUUCCAAGAGAAGUACUCACCCACAUCUGUGAAAACAAUUUUGAGAAAUCACAGUUAAAUUUCAGACUAAAGGUUGGUUGGCUGAAGAAGCAGAAUGUUAGCUUAAGGGCUAUAGGGCAGGGCUGUUAGUGUUUCAGAGGACUGUGGGUGACAGACAUUCCCAAUGCAGCUGGGGGUGGGGAGAAGAGUUCUAGAAGAAGGACUCAAAACCAAAAUAAUAAUGAGAAAGGUUCUUUCUGAUUCCUCAGAGUUCUUGAAAACAUGAAAUGCCUACUGAAACGUGAAUGUAAGGAAGUCAUAGGUGUGCCAAGAGCAUGGAAAGCUGUAAUCUUUUAACAAAUUGUAAUCUUUUAAUGGCUCUUGAAAUAAAACAUUUGCAGAGAGAAAAUGAAGGAAAUUAACUUGUAAGUAACCGAGGCACCAUAAAACUGAGAAGAAGGCAAUUGAAAGUAUACAUCAAGCCCUUUGUAGUUAGGGCAUAGCCAGUGUUUUCUGCUCUUGUCUGCUGAGCAGCAGUGAAAUAUUUGUAAAAGGGUAUUGAAAUUUAAAAAGAAUUUUCAAUGGGUAAUGGAUUGCUACACUUGUAGUCCUUGAUAUCAUCAAACUUAAUGUAAUUAACAUAAUGAGGAAACAGUCACAAAUACAUAACCUGCUGUCUGAGAACUUCAGCUGUGGAAGCUAGUCUUUACCAGCUCUCUUCUGAGGUUAUAAAUGACGCUAGAAAAUGCUUUUAAAGACCUUCUUAAGACAAAAAAAAGAACCUUUGUGGCCCAGUAGGAUAUAAUGACAUAAAAUUCAGGGCUGGAUGUCAGUUUUAGACACACAAGUGACCGGAGAUCUGAAAGCUCUUUGGAGUGCUUCCAUUUGCCAAGUCUCAUGUUACUCAGGUCCGUGAAGAAGAGCUGCAUUCAGCCUUCCUAUCUCUCAGUGGCUCUCUUACACAUUCAGUCUUGCCAUAAAAGCCAACCGAAGAAGACACUUUAGGUGUCUCCCACUUUUGAGGUUUGCAGAGUUCCCAAGGGUUAAGAUUCGUGCAGCAUUUUCUGUUUCAAAGUCCUAUAGACAAAAAUCUAAAAUACAGCCUCAGUAUGUUGACACUUCAAAAAAUGUUCAGUGGCUCAAAAGUAAUUUUGUUAAACUUAUCCAAAUGGAAAUUUCAGAAGCACACAGCUCAGUGAUCCAUAUGUCUCCAUUAUUUCCUCAUUGUUUAAUACAGUUUUCUGUGUUUGAAUCUCAUGAUGCCAGCCUGAUCUUGGAUGUAUAUUAAAUGCACUGUUUCAACUUUCAUAAACCGUUCUUUGGGAAUGUGUUUUGGUGAGGGGACCAAGGUCCUUUACACUUUGCUGUGUUCCUCAUUCUGGGGAUUUGCCCCAGGGCCUAAUGGAUACUAGGCAAGAGUCCAGCCACUAAAAUACAGCCCCAGCCUCACCUUCUUUCUUCGCUGCUUCAUCAUUUAAUAUAAUAACACUGACUGUGCCAAAUUCUUCCAGGUCAAGAGAAGUCCCUGAAAUGACCUGUGUGUGCACAGGUCAGGAAGAAGCCACACGUUAUUAGCCAAAAGACCAAUUUUUGCCACCUGAUAUGAGUAAGCAUGUUCAUAGUAAAGACAGAUCUGUCGACACUUGGGUGAAUGGCACCAAAAAUUGUACGGUUCAGCAAAGUCACUAAGUUUCACACUGCUAAAGUGUUUCCAAGUUCAAGGGUUUGUGAUUGUUGUCGGUUUUGUUGUUGUGCCUUACAAAUUGCUCUUCGACUCUUUGAAGGUUGCUUUGAACUUAUAUUGCACUAACAUGGUAAAUUAAGAAGAAAGAGCACACAGAGAAAAUUCAAAAUUAAAACCACGAUGUGGCUACUGAGAAUUUGCUGGAAUCUUGACACUUGAAUCCCAUUUUGCAUGAGCAGCAAAGGUGGCAGGGCAUUCAUUUGUCGGCACCAUGGGUGCUGCGGUGAAUCUUGAAAAGCAGACAAUGCGAACUGUUUGGAAUCUGUUUCUGUGCUUCCUAGGACUUUCCCUCUAGUCCUUGGAUAAAAUUCUUUGUGUUCACCGACUGUUGUAUGGACAGGUUGAAACCUGAAGAUCUCUACUUACUUAACCAGGACACUACACCACCUUUUGAUAUGACAGAUACCAGUACUUAGCAAGAGCUAGAAUUCAAUUAGUAACAGAACUUAGAAGAUAUGGUACUAGUAAGUAUGUAUCAAAGAUUUUGUUUUGCCAAUUGAAUGUAAAUUACUAUAAUAGUAUUUAUUGAUGAAGCUCGUGGGCCUUCAGCUGUACAGACUGUAAAACUUCUUUGAAGGUACAAUAUACUGAUGUAAAUUCUAUUUAUUGCAAUGUAUAAUAUUCAAAUGUCACACUGGCAUAUUUUAUGAUAAUAUAUAAUGCUAGAUAAAAUGGCAAUUAUAUGUAAGACUUUUUCAGAUGUUAGUAUUGAACAUUUAAGACUAGUUUGUAUUUAAAUCUAAAAAAAAAAUCUGUUUUAUUAUGUGUUUAAUUUUCCCUGGAUUUGGAUUUGCAUGCCUUCCUUUCAUUUAGGAUUCUUGUUCUACAGACACAACUUGGUGUUAGACUAUCAUAAGAUUCAUAACGAGUGUAGGAUAUUUUAGACAGGUUUUGUAUUGUGUACUAUAUAUAUAUAUAUAUAUAUAUAUAUAUAUUUGUAUUAUAGAAAGUUUGUGUUGUCUUUUCAGAAUGUUUAGAAUAUGGCCUAAAUAUUUCCACUGCCACAGGCUAAAUAAGGCUUGUCUCCUGUUCAGAAUGGAUGAUUUAGAAGUCUAGUGGGCAUUAUAGACAUAAUGUAAGAAUUUAAACACACAUUUAGUGAAACAGCAAGAGAAAAGUGCGGCUGAUAGUCUUGCUAGCUCUUGAAGCUUUGGAUUGUACUUUUUCUUAAGGCAACUCAGUACAAUCUUAACAUCUUUAAGGUAGGGUUUUUACCGAACACUACCAACAAGUUCGGCAUUGCAAUUGGCUUUAAUCCGUUUUCUUCAGGCACUCUGGCAACUUCAGUGCCAACAUUUUUAGUGAUAACUGUAUCAUUUGGCUGCUAAAUUCUGUCAACUUUUUUUUUUAAUGAAGGUGAACUUAUGUUACAGAUCAAAAUUUGUGCAUUUGAGUUAUAUGUUGUUUUAGCGAUUUUGCAAGAAAAUUUUAUUUUUAUAAUAUCUGUGAUGUUCAUGUAAAUGAUGGAAGCGGAUUUCUUUGCAGUUAGCAGUGCCAUGGAGUGGUAUCAAACAGUGUUAUUUGACGCUUUGAGCCUUCUCAGGUUUGUCGGCAUCAGUGAUAGCUUGACAAAGUUUGGAUUGAUUACAUAUAACUGUCUUUGUAAUAAAAAAGAGGUAUACUUCCCGUAAAAGCACAUUAUUGUUUGACUGUAGCAAGCUGCAGAAUCUCCUGUGUUUCUGUGCUUGCAUGCAUAUGUGUGUGCGCGUCGUGUGUGCGUGUGUCUGUAUGUGUGCGUGCGUGUGCGUGUGUCUGUGUGUGUGUGUGUGUGGUGUGUCCAAGGCAUGGCAGCCAACCUUGUAUCUGCUAUUUAUAAUAACAACAGAACUUUAUAAUUGAGGUCAUCAGAAUUACACUUAUCAUAGACAAUUCAAACUGAGAAAUUCAAUAAAACCAUGAAACAUGGUGACAAUGUCUGUGUUCUUACACUACUCUUGCUCAGCAGUCUCCUCAUAUUUAACACAUUAUAAUACACAGAGCGGAAAAUACUACAGGACAUGUCUUAAUUAAGUAAUUUUUUUUAAGAUGACAAGUGGGCCAUAAGAUUUUAAGAUAAAAGAAGAAUCCUUGUGUCAUUUAAUCCCUAAGAUUAUUAUUAUUUGAUGUCUGAAAGAGGAUAUAAUCUGCUGGGAGUUUGUGAAGGUAGGGUUUCUCUGUGUAGCCCUAGCUAUCUUGGAACUUGCUUCAUAGACCAGGCUGGCCUCGAACUCACAGAGAUCUGCCUGCUUCUGCCUAUCCAUAGAAGUAAUUAUACUAACCAUCUUUAUUAGGUUCCGUUUUUUAGCUUACAUUGUCUUUGUCUCCCAGGUGUAAGAUUCUCUCUCUCUCUCUCUCUCUCUCUCUCUCUCUCUCUCUCUCUCUCUCUCCAUAUACAUAUAUGUGUGUGUGAUAUACGUAUAUGUGUAUAUAUGUGUAUAUAUAUAAUCUAAACAUGUUUAAGCCAUACAUUUUAAUUAAAAUCAUCUCAGUAGAGGAGGUGAAUGUGCAAUGCUCUGGUACUGUGUUUUCUGGCAUCUUCAGAACUGUCCUGCAAGAAAUUCCUGUGCAGAACAUGCAAAUCUCUGCCUGCCCUUAAGAAACUGGUAAAUCCUUAGGAAGGGUCUUCAUUAGAUGCACUGGGCAGAUUGCACUGUUUGUGACAUCAACGUUGGUAAAGUGUGUGUGUGUGUGUGUGUGUGUGUUGUUGCAUAUUAGAGUGUAUAUGCUCAUUGGAGUAUGUAUUGGGAUGUAUGUGUGUUAGACUGUGUAUGUGUGUAUGUUGGCAUGUGUGAAUGUAUAUGUGUGCCACAGUGUGUACUGGAGUGUGUCUAAUUCAUACUCGGGAAUAAUGCAUAUAAUUAUCUUUAUAUUUUAAGACUUUGUCCUAAAGUUUUAACAACUUUGACUUUGUACAUCACCUUAAGUAUUACAGUACAUUUUUUUCUGCAAAUAAAGGUGCAUAUUUUUUCUCUUCCUUCUGUCAAUGGCUUAGAAAAUUUAAAUACUCUUUUUAGGAAAUUUAGAAUUCUGCUCCCAAAUAUGGUCAGAGCUUCCAUCUCCAGACGUAAAACCUGCUGCUGUAUUAGGAGUUCAUCUGUUAGGGUCCAGAGCUCCGACAGCACAAGCUCUGUGCACACAGCAGAUGCCACUUGAAAUCUGUGUUCAUGUUUUCUCUGUGCUUGUUAACCCUGCGAAGUCGCAGUGCUCUGGGCUCGUCCCGGGGUCUUCCCUGGGCAGUCAGCAUGGCUGCUGGGACUGAUGGGCAAUCCAAACCAGCAGCUGUGGAUAUAUCAGGCCCCUGAACUGAGCAUCUGGCUGGACCACAGUGACCCAGGAACAGAGCUGGGAAUGGGGUAGGGAUAUGGAGGCAAGUGGUCUGUCUUUCACACAGAAUAGGAAAAACAUCCUCACUACUUCUUUUUGGAUUGCUUGUUGGUUAGAAAUGACCAGUGUGAAAACGGCAAAUCCUCCAAGAUUGGCUAAGACAGAGACCUUGAAGAUGACCCAGCAAAUUCUGUCACUUUGGUUUACAGGUGAGAGUAAAAUUUCUGUUCAAAGGCAGGGAGAGGAAAAGAACACACUAAUUAAGGUUAUGAGGGACUUACUUCAACAAAGGAAAUAGAAUAGAGAAUAAUGUUAAUCAGAAUCAGUAAAUGAUUUCAGUGUGUGUGUGUGUGUGUGUGUGUGUGUGUGUGCGCAUGUGUAUGUAUGCAUGUGUGUGUGCAUGUGUACAUUUACUUGUGUCCUAGGUUUUGCUAGAGAUUUUAUUUUACUACUUUUGUUGUAGACAUGAUCAAAAAUCGUAAAUUGUCCAUUACUUUAGUAAAAAGUGGCAUGAAUAUCUAAAGAAACAGGAUGAGACAUUUGUUUCUCAAAACUAUUUUUAAAUAAAUGCAAAGGUAUUUGUUUAACUUUA